AUGGAGAUUAACAUCAACGUUGACUUUGCUGGGACUUACCUCUCUUAUGAGCAAUCUUCAACUUGCAGAACCACAAAUGUCACUACUACACAAUACCCAGUAGGUAGAUGUGACAGUGACGGUUCGGAUGAAUACGAGACAUUUUAUGGCAAUGCCCAGUUUGCUACUGGUCUGAUCAUCUACCCGGUUCUGUGUGUCACUGGAAUCAUCGGAAAUUCAUUGUCUUUGGUGGUUCUGAGCCACAAAGAUAUGGCAACGUCGACCAACAUCUACCUCUUGGUUAUCGUCGCGCUAACUGAUUCUUUCUUUCACAGAGACGGGUUCAUGUGGACACUGGUAAUCUGUGGGAGAAGUGUUUAUUCAGAAUACGUGAUCACAGUUGUGGUAAUUCUAGUGUCUUUUUCUCUUCAGGUUGCUGUUUGCGUCACAGCAUGGCUGACAGUCUCCGUGGCCAUGGAUCGAUACAUUUCAGUCUGUUAUCCGUCAGUGUCAAAAACUCUGUGUACGAUACCCAAAGCCAGAACAGUGGUAACGUCGGUGUUUGUUAUCAUGAUUCUUCUGUCGAUUCCUUCUGGGUUUCGGUAUCGUCUGCAGACAAUCCAUGAUACGAUCAACAACAUAACAUGUAUGGAGUUGGUGGUGACGGAACUUGGCCGGAAUAAAGAAUUUAUGAUUCCUUACACUUGGGUUCAGAACUUCCUCCGUGGCAUAAUUCCUGUGUUUAUUCUCGUGUUUCUCAACGCCAGAAUUAUCAAUGUUUUGAGGAAAGAACGGGUCAAAGGUAAAAAAUUCAGCGCCAGAAACAGAAUCACCAUUAUGCUCAUCACAAUGGUGGUUGUGUUCAUCGUUUGCAUUACUCCUGACGCUAUCAUGUCCACUUUCUUUGGGAAAGGAUACGUGGAGGAAGACUCCCUGGUGAAAGGGAUUCGGGAAAUUACGGACAGCCUUGUUGCCUUGAACUCUGCUAUCAACUUCCUUCUCUACUGCACUCUCAGUGUUGCUUUUAGAAACACCUUCAUGAAAGUGUUCUUUGGUCGAAACUACGUGAAAAUGCGCGGAGCCAACUGCACUCAACAGGGCCGCGACAGAACGACGCCCGCCAUUAAGAAUGAUCAGAACGUGCCGCUGUCACAACCCAGGGCAGAUUCAGACGGUACAAACUCCAAUAGAAGUAAUUUGCUGGACGACUCGCCAUCCAAACCCAGCCUCUGCGAUAACGACGAUGACCUCUCCUGCCAGAGUUCGCCGGGGUCAGACGUCAUCAGAAAUGGCUACAGCCAGAUAUCGGAGGGCAGUUUCUUGAUGAAGACACUUCACAAGGGUCACCAAAUGAACUCUGAUUGUUUAUUGACUAAAGAGAAGAUUGUUUUUGACGCACGUCUGAAUUGUAGUGUGUAUACAGGUCCUUUGGAGGCGGUUCAACCCCCAUGGGAAAGACAAGCACCUAAAGUUACUACCGUCUGUAUGUUUCAGGGGAGCCAACCUGACAGCGUACAGCUCUAG